GAUUAGAUCGUCAGUGGUGCCAACGAUACGAACCAUAUGAUUCAUUCCAUUCGAUUUUGCAUCACUGUGUGGCGUAGCGCGCGCCCCGUUGUAUUAUUAUCGUUGCUAAUAAAUUUUUCCAACAUGAACUCUUUAAUAAUUUAUUGGACGAUCCUGAUGACAUGCUGUCUAACGCUUAACCACGCCCUGGAAUGCUACGUUUGUACCAAUCAAGAAGGUAACAGAGAAAAGUGUCUGAAAAGUACAAAAACCUGCGAGCAAGGCCAAGAUGCUUGUUUAACAAUGAUUAGAUGGGGAAGCACCCCGUAUUGGUCACCAGGUGCAAAGAAACAAUUUUACGUCUCCAAGAUGUGUUCCACUAAAAAGGAGUGUGAAAGAACAAAACAGUCUAACAUGGAUGAUUGCACAUAUAUAUGGUACCAAGAUUGGCAGUGUUCUGAUUGCUGUCAAGGGGACAAGUGCAAUUAUUAUGCUAUAUCUGCUGCAGAGGAAGUACGUCCGCAUUGGCAGGUCGUAACCAUCGUUUCGAUAUUUCUAUACAAUUUAUGGAGUAUGAUCAACAAACAGUAGCGUAAAAUAGCAGAUAUUAAUUAGAGACUGAUGAAACUAUGACACCCCAUACGUUAAUAACGUAUUCGGAAGCAUCGCUUACGGCAUACACCAUACAUGUAUCACCAGUAUGAAUUGUAUGGCAUAGCGGUAAAGAGAACGUAGAAGAAAAGAGGAGAUGAACCUGAUAUUCCAUAAUCCGUCCAAUAUGAAAUUUUUAUACAUUUUAAACUUUUAGUCCACGAAUGUACUACGAAUAUUUUUUACUUGUUAAUACUAUGUGUAACAUAUAUACAUAAUUACAUGUAAAUAGCUUUUUACAAAA